AUGUUGUCACGCGACGAUAUCUCAGAUAUCACUUGGAAAUGGCGCUGCAAGCUGUCCAACAUCGGAGUAAAGACGGAGAAGACUCUCGCCGACUACUCCUCGGAUGACACCUCGCUGAAGGGCAAGGUGAGAGAUGCUGUUCUCGCAGAUGAGAAGGCCAACCCAUCGAAGGAUCCCGGAUUUGGGUCCACCCCGUCCGUCAAGACCUUCUUCGAGGGCCGUGACAGCAAUGAUAACUGCAUCGACUGGGUCGACUACCCGCCCAAGCAGAUGUCCAAGUCUGCCGCCAGGGCUCAGGACAGGGUCGCCAUCAAGGUGUACAAGGUCAAGGACAAGGAGAAACCUGUCAUGUCGGGCAGGUUUGCGCUCAAGUAUCACAUGAUCGAGGUCCAGAAUCCACUCCUUGUCGCUGCGCUGGAUGAGAUCCUCAAGAAGGAGGAUGUCCAUCUCGAUGUCAACGAGACGGCUUCAUUCGAGGAACCAUUCCGGCCGCUCUUCUUCUGUUACGAUGAGAUCGUGGCCAAGUACAAGUCCCUGGAUGAGGACAACCCGCUGCGUCAAUACAUUCUGCUCCUGACCAAGGUCCUCGACGAGAUCUUCAGUGAGACCCGCGCCAAGUUAUACCAUCUCAGGGCUUCCGGCUUGGUGUCUUUCAAACUUGCAUGGACAUACUUCCCCAAAGGCUCUGUAGUUCUCUCAUGGGGCAACAAUUGUGAGCUUCUGUGCAAGGUUGUCGACACCAUCUACAAGAAGAUAAACCCAAUCGAGACGGUCAUGGUCGUUCGCGGGAAAGUGAUGCGCUUCAACGGCGAAGCGUUCCAGUGGGAGGACUACGAGCUAGAGCUGCCGGCGUUCAGUGGCAACAAGCCCGUGACGGACCUGCCUCACUAUCCCCUCGAGUUUCACCAAGAGGCGGAUCAAGUAAGGGCUAGACUAGCUGAGCGAGGGCGCAAGGUCUUGGAUCAUCAGGGUCUGAGCUACUGCACAUACACCGGUAUUGGCAUCUACCAGGAGGGAAAGAAGCUAGAGAAGCACAAUGUUGAUGGCCGCAUUCUGAUUGAUGUUGUGGGCUACAACAAGCACCACCUUGCACAAGGAACACGGGAAGGCAAAGACCCAGAGACCAUGAAGAAGACAGUCAGAGGCACUGGCCGCAAGCAAGGCGCUCUCACCGCAGUUGCCAGCAACGCCGUGUCCGGCAAGCGCCUGGGUGAAGAGGAGCAACAGAAGAACAGAGAUGCUCUGCUUGCCAAAGUGGACGACCUCAUGUUCAUGUCGCCGUUGCUUGAGGGGUACGCACUCAAGAACAAGCUCUGGGUGUCUUUCUAUGUAGAAGAUAUUCGGCCGAUGGUUUGGAACGACAGAGCCUACGAUCACUUGGUAUAUGAUGAGCAGCAGAAGGAUCUAGUGCUGUCCUUUGUAGAAAGCUAUGGUCACGCGAAGCCGCAAAUGGAGGACGUGAUCGUUGGCAAAGGUCAGGGCCUCAUCAUCCUUCUCAGCGGCCCGCCCGGCACAGGCAAGACCUUGACGGCUGAGGCUGUGGCGGACCGAACACACCGCCCACUCUUCUAUCUCCAGGCUGAAGAUCUGGGAAUCAACGCGGCGACGCUGGGAGCUAACAUCAAGAAAGUCUUUGAGAUGGCUACAGAAUGGGACGCGGUCAUUCUCCUCGACGAGGCAGACGUCUUCAUGGCUGAACGACACCCCCACGACAUCGCACGCAACGAGCUGGUCUCGAUCUUCUUGAGAGAGCUAGAGUACUACCGGGGCAUCAUCUUCCUCACGACAAAUCUGUACAGCACGAUAGACUCGGCCUUCCGCAGCAGAGUCAGUCUCCACCUGCUUUUCAAGCCGCUCACAGCCGAGGCGAGGGGCGUGGUGUGGCGCAAGUUCUUGGACCGGUUGCCUGCCAGCGAGCCGAAGCCGAAGGCUUUGACAAACGGCACUGAUAGUGAGGGAGAGGCCGCGGAGAAGGCCGAGAAGAAGAACGAAGAGCUCACGGACGAAGAUCUGAAGGAGCUUUCGGCAUGGCAACUCAACGGGCGAGAGAUCAAGAACGCUGUGAAGAUGGUCAAGUCGUGGUGUGACCACAAGGGCUAUGAGAUGACGCUAUCACGGCUAGAGAACGGUAUCAAGGUGACGAGUCCGCACGCAUCCAAGUAUUCUCAUGAGAAUGACGAUGCUAUAUAUGAGUCGUAG